AUGGAGAACAUCGACACCGCAAUAGCAGCCGCCAUCGAGAACUACCACGAGCUCAAUGCUGCCGUCGUGGACGAGCUCGUAGAAGAACCAAGCCCACUGGAGUUCAUGCAAUUCGUGAGCAGGAACAGGCCGUUCGUUGUUAGGAAAGCUGCUUCAGAUUGGGAUGCAUUAAAGCACUGGGAUGCUCAGUAUCUUCGGCGGGUUAUGGGCAGUGAGCCAGUGCAAGUGGCUGUGACGCCGCGAGGCAAUGCAGAUGCUGUUGUAGAAGAUGAAAACGGACAACCCCUCUUCGUGCAGCCUCAUGAAACCCCAGAGCCCUUCAACGAGUUCCUUGACUACGUCCACCAAGACACCCAGUGUCCACCAGAGCAGCAAAAUGGUCGCAAUGUCAAGUAUGCCCAGACCCGUACGUCCAUCUCCCCCCCUUCUCCAAUCCAUCUCUUUGACGAUCUUCCAGAGAACGACAACCUCCGAGAAGAAUACUACUCCCUCCUCCCCGACAUCCCCGAGUCCAUCCCCUUCGCCCGUCUCGCCCUCGAGAAGGAACCCGACGCCAUCAAUCUUUGGAUCGGCAACGAGCGGUCCGUAACCGCCCUUCACAAGGACAACUACGAGAACAUCUACGUUCAGAUCCGCGGGCAGAAGCACUUUGUCCUGCUCUCGCCGGUGGAGAUGCCGUGUGUGAAUGAGCAACUGCUUGAGCAAGCGAGGUAUGUGCCGGAGCAAGAAAGUGGGAAGCUGGUGAUCGAGCGGAGUGAAGGAGGAGAGACGUUGCCGUUCGCUACCUGGGAUCCUGAUGAGCCUGGUGAGCGUACGACGCCGUUUUCACAUCUCGCGAAGCCAUUGAAAGCGACUUUAGAGGAGGGGGAUAUGCUGUAUCUACCUGCGAUGUGGUACCACAAGGUCAGCCAGACCGCUGGAGAGGAGGGCUUCGCCUGCGCGGUGAACGCGUGGUAUGAUAUGGAGUUUGCGGGAGGCUUCUGGACGGCCAACAGUUUCUUGAGGGAUGUGAUGGGGGCAGCGUCGAAGGUUGUGAAGUAUCCUGCCCUCCAAAUGAGUGACGAACGAUGA